CCACCAGGUGGUAUGCGCAUGCGCCAUCCCGGUGGCCAUCUUUACUGUGGGCCGAAGCUUAUUAUCCCCGAGUGCCUACUUGCGCAUGCGCCUUCCCUUGCUUUCCUCUUCCAAGUAGUUUUGACUAGAGUGGACCUCCCGCGCCAUCUCUGCGCCUGCGUACUGUGACCCUGCGCAACCCGGGAGGCGGGUCUUAGCUCCAGGUGCGUACGGCGGCUGAGGUGGCGGAAGUGCGAGGUGUGGGGAGAGGGGCGGUGUGAAGGCGAGAAGAGCGGGGCCGCCCCUCUCCGGCCCGGAAAGUGGUUUCUGCCGAUCCCUGGGAACAUCGGAAUACCGGAUCUCGAUCCGUGGGGCGGGAUCCUUGGAGGGGACUGAACGCUCCUUCCUGGGAACGGACGGUCUGGUCACAGGGACAGUUGGAGCCUGAUUGGAGAGACAUUCCCUAAACCCCUGGGGAGCCCAGUCCCUUGGGGGGGAGCGGGGGACCCCUAGCUUAGUACUCGUGCAUCUCCUAUCAUCGCAGGGCCCCUUCCCUAGUAGCCUAUGUCCCUUGUCCGGGGUCAUGGAGACAUUGCGGCCACUACGGCGGUGCCUCUGUCUGAAGAAGGGGAGGUGACCUCCGGCCUCCAGGCUCUGGCCGUGGAGGAUACCGGAGGCCCCUCUGCUUCGGCCAAUACACCCGAGGAAGAGGGGGAAGGGAGCCGGGAGGAGGCCGAGCGUGAGGGGUCCGGGGCCGAGGAGGUGCAGGGAGAAGCCCCUAGCGCUGAGGGGGAAGAACAUGCCAACGGAGAAUCCGAGGACUGGUGCGUGCCCUGCAGCGAUGAGGAGGUGGAGCUGCCCACAGAUGGGCGGUCCUGGAUGCCGCCGCCCUCCGAAAUCCAGCGGCUCUAUGAACUGCUGGCUGCCCACGGUACCCUGAAGCUUCAAGCUGAGAUCCUUCCCCGCCGGCCACCCACGCCUGAAGCCCAGAGUGAAGAGGAGAGAUCCGAUGAGGAGCCAGAGGCCAAAGAAGAGGAAGAGGAAAAACCGCACCUGCCCACAGAAUUUGACUUUGAUGAUGAACCAAUGACACCAAAGGACUCUCUGAUUGACCGGAGACGCACCCCAGGAAGCUCAGCCCGGAGCCAGAAACGGGAGGCCCGCCUGGACAAGGUCCUCUCAGACAUGAAGCGACACAAAAAGCUGGAGGAGCAGAUCCUUCGUACUGGCAGGGACCUCUUCAGCCUGGACGCAGAGGACCCAAACUCCACCAGCCCCCCACUCCGGUCCUCAGGGAGUAGUCUCUUCCCCCGGCAGCGGAAAUACUGAGACUGCUGCCGCUGCCUUUAGGAUGCAGAGUGUGGACCUGCUGGGGCCUUGGCCCUCCUGCUCUAACCCGGCGUGCUGGGAAACUUGGGAAAAAGAGAAACUCCAAGCUCCCAACCACAGCACUUUGCCAGAAAGAGGACCUGUGUGUAUGUUUUCUGUUGAACAUCUCUUUGGACACAUGUGCUGAAUUUUCUGAAUCUAAAAUAAAAAAUGGAAAGUUA